UCUAAUAUCGUUCAUCAUGCCCAAGCAGGUUCUGGACAUUAAGCAAUUCCUUGAAAUCACCCGUAGAAAGGACGCCAAGUCUACUCUCGUCAAGAAGAACGGUGACAAAUACAAGUUCAAGGUCAGAUGCUCUCGCUACUUGUACACCCUCGUCGUCAACGACAAGCAAAAGGCCACCAAGCUUAGACAAUCUCUUCCCCCUGCUCUCCUUGUCAAGGAUAUCUAAAGGAACCUACUUGUCUCAUUCUUAUCAAUGUGUUAUUCGAUCUUUUUUUUGAUUUGUUAUAUACAACAUGAUGUUAUCUGCUGUUUGAAUAAAAGAAAAAAGUAUUGAUUCCACAAAACUUGA